CCGGCGGAGAGCGGGGGCCGCACUGGGGAGUGUGGGCUGGGCCGCAGGACUGGGUGCUCAGUAAAUUGGGCCAGGCUGCCUGAUGUCACGUGGCCUGUGUUUUGGACCGUGGUUCGUACCUAUGCUCCCUAUGUCACAUUCCCUGUCGCCUUCGUGGUUGGGGCUGUAGGCUACCACCUGGAAUGGUUCAUGAGGGGAAAGGACCCCCAGCCUGUGGAGGAGGAAAAGAGCAUCUCAGAGCGCCGGGAGGAUCGCAAGCUGGAUGAGCUUCUAGGCAAGGACCACACCCAGGUGGUGAGCCUUAAGGACAAGCUAGAAUUUGCCCCGAAAGCUGUGCUGAACAGAAACCGCCCAGAGAAGAAUUAAUGCAGGACACAGGGCCCUGUGGUCCUACUGUGGCCGGUGCCUGGUCCUGCUACCAUGUCCACCCAGCCCCAGAACCCACAUCUGAUUGGCUUUGUUGCCAGGCAAGUACUGGCUGCUCCCUGAUGGCCAGG